AUGUCAGGUGUCACGGCUGACAUGUCAGGUGUCACGGCUGUCAUGACCAUCGCCUCCCUCCUCCAAGCCCCACCCAUCUUCCAGAAGCCCCACCCACGUUCAAGGAGUAGCCCACCCAUCUUCCAGAAGCCCCACCCACGUUCAAGGAGCAGCCCACCCAUCUUCCAGAAGCCCACCCAUCUUCUAGAAGCCCACCCAUCUUCCAGAAGCCCCACCCAUCUUCCAGAAGCCCCACCCACGUUCAAGGAGGAGCCCACCCAUCUUCCAGAAGCCCACCCAUCUUCCAGAAGCCCCACCCAUCUUCCAGAAGCCCCACCCACGUUCAAGGAGGAGCCCACCCAUCUUCCAGAAGCCCCACCCAUCUUCCAGAAGCCCCACCCACGUUCAAGGAGGAGCCCACCCAUCUUCCAGGAGAGCCCACCCGUUCCUCGGUGGCGCCGUGCCAGUAAACCUGACAAAGGUCUGUUAAACUUCGAAGUUUUAGAUUUAUUACAGGACUGUGAUAAGUUAAAUGGAAAAUUAAGAAGAGAUCCUCAGACUGUAAGGAUACUCUAG